CCUCACAAGUUCACCCACACACCAUGGCUCUUAUGUUUGUGUGCGUUUUGGUGUUUACCAUUAGUGUCUGUAAAGCUCAACCUGCUGCACCAGCUAUUUACGUAUUUGGUGACUCGUUUAUGGACGUCGGAAACAAUAAUUACCUACCACUUUCAACUGCCAAGGCUAAUUUCCCCCACAAUGGCAUUGAUUUUCCCAACAGCAAACCCACCGGAAGAUUCUCUAAUGGGAAGAAUAUUCCUGACUUUCUUGUGGAGGAGAUUGGAUUACCAGUACCGCCACCGUAUUUAUCAUUGAAUGGUAGUGCAACACCACCCAUCACCGGAGUCAGCUUUGCAUCUGGAGGAGGCGGCAUACUUAACGAAUCCGGUCGAAUAAUGGCUGUACAGGCACUUUCUUUAGGACAACAAGUGGACUACUUCACCAUGGUCCGCGACAGACUGGUCCGUCAGCUAGGACCAUCUGGUGCACAGGCUCACCUAUCCAAAUCCUUAUUCCCAAUCGUUAUUGGAACCAACGAUUUGUUUGCAUAUUUUACGGUCGGUUCGCUUGUUGCUAAACUGUAUACCCCACAACAAUAUGUUGAUCGUAUGUUGUCCACCUUCAAAGGGUUAUUUAAGACGUUGUAUGGACUGGGUGCGCGGAAAUUGGUGGUGACUGGAGUUCCGGCAAUUGGUUGUUGCCCGAUUCAAAGAAGGACAAACCGAACUGGUGAAUGCAACAUCAAAUUAAAUAAUAUGACGAUCAAGUAUAAUGAUGGUCUAAAGAUGAUGCUACAAGGAUUGAAGUCUGAAUUACCGGGAAUGAAUUCUGCUUACUUUGAUUAUUAUGGUGCUUGGGUCAGCCUCUUCCAAAAUGAGACUUAUGGGUUUACAGAGAUAAAAGAAGCUUGUUGUGGGCUCGGAAACCUAAAUGCUGAUGUGCUAUGCAUCCCAAUAGCGCGCUUUUGUCCGAACAGGAAAAACUAUUUUUUUUGGGAUCGUGUCCAUACAACAGAAGCAGCUGCAAGCUUCUUUUCAGAAAUGUUAUACAGUGGAUCACAACAAUUUAUGGUUCCCAUGAAUGUGGAGCAACUUCUUGCAGGUUAAAUCAAGAUCUAGACAACAAAUAAUAAUUAAUAACGAUAUGGCAAAAAAAUAAAAGCUUGUAACAUAAUGAAUGAUUCUGUAAGAACGUGGCAAGCAAAAGCCAUCUUAUAAAUUAAGUUGCAUCGUUUAUUUUUAUUUUUUUAUCCUUUUAUCAGCAAAUUAC